AUGAGCGGCGCCUGCUCGAGCUACGUAAGCGCGGAGCAGGAGGUGGUGCGCGGCUUCAGCUGCCCGCGGCCGGGGGGCGAGGCGGCCGCCGUCUUCUGCUGCGGCUUCCGAGACCACAAAUACUGCUGCGACGACCCGCACAGCUUCUUCCCCUACGAGCACAGCUACAUGUGGUGGCUCAGCAUCGGAGCUCUUGUGGGACUCUCCACAGCAGCAGUGGUCCUUCUGGCCUUCAUUGUCACUGUUUGUGUGCUCUGCUACCUGUUCAUCAGCUCAAAGCCCCACACAAAGCUGGACCCAGGCUUAAGCCUACAGACAACAGGCUCUAAGAAGAUGUCACCUGACCAUCACGGUUUGAACACAGCGAUCACAAUGGAGGGAUCACACUCUCCCAGGCAGAGUUACUCUUUGAACUCACAACUGGAAAGCAAUGAAAGGCAGGCCAUGGGCCCCAGAAGUCUCCUCCAGCGCCACAUUGAGGCCACAGUGACCGCUAGCAACAUUCCAGGCAGCCCUGAAGAGGCCUCUGUCCCUACCCCGACCCAUGUGGACUAG